UAUUCGCCGACAAUAGCACACAGGACGAUAACGACAAGAAUUGAUCACGUGACUUAUUCAAAAUGGCGCUUUGCUGUGCGAUCAGUAACGAGGUUCCAGAGCACCCAGUGAUCAGCCCCAACUCUGGCCACAUUUUUGAGCGGCGUCUCAUUGAAAAAUACAUUAAGGAUCAUGGCCAAGACCCAGUCACUGGUGACAGUCUCUCGAUUGAGAUGCUUCUUGAGGUUAAAACCUCACCCCUUGUUAAGCCAAGACCACCGUCUUUUACCAGUAUUCCUGUGAUCUUGAAGGCAUUGCAAGAUGAAUGGGAUGCAGUAAUGUUGCACAGUUUUACACUAAGACAGCAACUGCAGACAGCUCGGCAAGAGCUCUCCCAUGCCCUGUACCAGCAUGACGCUGCUUGUCGUGUAAUCGCUAGGUUGACCAAGGAAGUCACUGCAGCCAGAGAAGCUCUGGCCACUCUGAAGCCACAGGCUGGUAUCACAGCUGGUAGCUAUGCGGCUCCUUCUGCACCCCAACCGGUGUAUGGCGCCGAGGCGGGUCCUGAGUCUGCUGAGCAGCCUAUGGAGCAGGCAGGCAUGUCUGAGGAAGUGUUGCAGAAGUUGCAAGAUAAGGCUACGCUGCUUACUGCUGAGAGAAAGAAGCGUGGUAAAACAGUCCCUGAAGGUCUGGCUGCCAGCGAUGACAUCCGCUCUUACAGACAGUUGGCCUCUCACACAGGUCUUCAUAGCGCCAGUGUGCCUGGUAUCCUAUCCCUAGACAUCUGCCUGCGGGACACGUCCAAGAUUGUCACCGGGGGCAACGACAAGAAUGCCGUUGUGUUCAACAAGGACACCCAGCAGGUCAUGGCUAUAUUGAAAGGUCACACAAAGAAGGUUACCAGUGUUAUAUACCAUCCAGAUGAGGAGCUAGUGAUUACUGCCUCUCCUGACGCAACAAUCCGUGUGUGGGGUGUGCAGACAGCCCAGUGCGCCCAGAUCAUCCGGGCUCAUGAGUCGCCCGUCACCGGUAUCAGCCUGCACGCCACAGGGGACUACCUGCUCAGCUCUUCUGUAGACAUGCACUGGGCUUUCUCUGACAUCAGAACUGGAACUGUCCUUUGUAAAGUGUCUGACACCUCCUCUCUUAAUGCCCUGACCUGCGCCCAGUUCCACCCGGACGGUCUGAUUUUUGGGACAGGCACUGAAGACUCAAUGAUCAAGGUCUGGGAUCUGAAGGAGAGAAUCAACGUGGCCAACUUCCCUGGCCAUCAGGGGCCCAUUACCAGCAUUGCUUUCUCUGAAAACGGUUACUUCCUUGCAACAUCUGCCGAGGACUCAGUCGUAAAACUGUGGGAUCUGCGAAAGUUGAAGAACUUCAAAACGAUCCAGCUGGAUGACAAAUAUGAGGUUCGGUCACUGGCCUUCGACCAGAGCGGUACAUACCUGGCGGUGGCUGGCAGUGAUGUGAGGAUCUACCUGUGCAAGCAGUGGCAGGAGCUGGCAGUGUUCAAUGACCACACGGCCAUGGCGACCGGGGUCAAGUUCGGACACAACUCCCAGUUCAUCGCCUCUGCCAGCAUGGACCGCUCCGUGAAAUUCUUUGGACCUUGAACCCAGGGAAUCAUGUACCCUGAACUGCAGAUGUUUUGCUAAGAAGAUCACACAAUCACAAUGCAUCGAUUUAUGCUGUUUUUUUGUCCUUUUUUCUGGUUUUUAUGACAUUGAAUUGGGAUCUGGAUGUAAUAUCCAUAAAAAAAAUUGCAUUUUGUUAUGUUUCUGCAUCAUUCUUUUAAUUUAUACUUUUCUUUAACCGUACAAUGUUACCAUAUAUUUCAACUUAUGUAUGCCAAAACUGGUAACUCGGGCAUACAUAGUAAACGUUUAUUGGUUUUUAGCUCACCUGAGCACAACGUGCUCAUGGUGAGCUUUUGUGAUUGCCUUUUGUCCGUUGUCCAUUGUCCGGCGUCAACAUUUGCCUGGUUAACUCUCUAGAGGGCACAUUUAUUGUCCAAUCUUCAUGAAAUUUGGUCAGAAGGUUGGUCUCAAUGUUAUCUUGGAUGAGUUCAAAAAUGGUUACGUUUGCUUGAAAAACAUGGCCACCAGGGGGCGUGGCAUUUUUCCUUAUAUGGCUAUAGUAAAACCUUGUUAACACUCUAGAGGCCUCACUUAUUGUCCAGUCGUCAUGAAAUUUGGUCAGAAGAUUGGUCUCAAUGAUAUCUUGGAAUCGUUUGAAAAUAAUUAUGUUUGCUUGAAAAACAUGGCUUCCAAGGGGCAGGGCAUUUUUCCUUAUAUGGCUAUAGUAAAAUCUUGUUAAUACUCUAGAGACCACAUUUACUGUCCGAUCUUCAUGAAACUCGGUCAGAAGAUUCAUCCCAAUAAUAUCCUUGACGAGUUUUAAAAUAAUGCCGGUUGGUUGAAAAACAUAGCCACCACGGGGGCCGGGGCAUUUUUCUUUAUAUGGCUAUAGUAAAACGUUGUUAACACUCUAGAGGCCACAUUUAUUUUCCGAUCUUCAUGAAACUUGGUCAGAAGAUUUGCCCCAAUAAUAUCUUGUUAUCUCUGGUGAGUGACUUUGGGCCUUUCAGGCCCUCUUGUUAUAAAGGAACUUGGUAGUUUACAUAAACUCUACAAAUAAUUAUUAAAAAAAAGUGAUAUGUUUCGGUUAUGUAGAUUCUAUUAUUUGGAAACAAAAAGGACCUUUUAUUAGAUUAUAUUCUAUUUCAUAUAGUUUAAUUUGUGUGUUGUAAAAAUCCACUAUUAACAUUUUUGACAAACUUUAAUGGUGACUCAGGGGUUUAUACUGCAACUAUAACAGUUAAAUAUUGCAAUACAAGUUUUGCACAUGCAUUACUUUUUUGAAAGAAAAUUCAUAUAAAAAGUGGACCCUGAUUGGCUAAUAUGACCCCUGUAUAUGAUUCUUGUAAACUAGUAUUGUGAUGCAUUGUGAAAUGUGUACAUCUUCAAUGGUUAUAAGCAUAUUGACAAUUAUGUAGACUUAUGUAAGUGAUAAGAGUUAUAAGACCGCUGAUGUCCAAAUUAUCCUGUACUUUGUGGGACAAUUAUGCGCAAUUUUGAAGUUGUGGAAUGUUUGUGUACGUCAGAAAGGAUUGUGUAUAGAAUUAAGUCAACCAAAAAAGAAACAUUUGUUAAGUAAAAAUUGUCAUGGUAAUGUAAGAGAUGUGCUCAACAACAACAAAAAAUGCAUGUGGUGAUUGUAAAAUCAUUCUAGUUUGCAGUUUAUCACAUUAGACUCGAAAGUCAAAUUGCCAACAAAGGGCACAAUAAAGUCAAAAUUAUUAAAAGGUUCAAACAGUAUUUAUAUUUGUUCUUGUCUUAUUAAAGUUUCUUUGUUGGUUGGUUGUUUUAUUUUAAAAAUGCAUUUUAAAUAUGUAUAAAACUUUGCACUUACUUUGUCUGUAUUAGAAAUAUUUAGAUAUGUGUUGAUUUACAUUUAGUUAUGAUAGAAUGAAUGCGUUAUUUCUGUUGCAUUUUGUCUUUUUUUUCCAUCUCUAAAUAGUAUUCAUCAGAUUUUUCUGUAUUUCAUCACAGUUCAUGAAAAUAUCAUACCAAGCAAUUACACCAAAUUGUUGGCUACCAUAUUCCUUAUAAUAGCUACUUGGUUACUCAGCAACUCAAUAUUCUUUUUGCUUUCCUAUAAAUUAGUCUGUUUUUUUUUUGACAAUGUUAUUUGUAUUAUGUCAUGCAAGUUGAUUACAAGAUUGUUGACAAAACGUUCCAACUGCCGGUCUUGUUUAUUAAUUCAUUUUUAUGUUGCAAUGUCCUCGCCAUUUAAUAAAUGAUUUGCAAGAAUGGUAAUAAAAGUCGAGUUAUCAA